UCUAAUCCCCCCACCUAAAAGGCUUCUAUUGGUGGUUGUUCAUAUCAAAUCAUUUUCUCUCGUUGGAGAGUAUUACCAAUACGCCGCCGUUGAAGUUUCUUCUCUGAAUUUUACGUAUUAAACUUGUUUAUUUCUUCUUGUUCUUCUUCUCUUCCGAUCCGGCAGUGUUUCUGUUGAGAGAAAUCUUGGUAUGGGUGUUAAUUGCAGAAGCGUUGUUGGGUUUUGUCAAUUUUUAGUCAUUUCAGCCUUCCUCUGUUCUUCUCCUCUGUUUUGCGAUGCUGCAGAUUCAAUUGCGAGGGGUAGAGAGCUUAGAGAUAGUACUAAUGAAACCCUCAUAUCCUUGAAUGAAUCCUACGAACUGGGAUUCUUCAGCCCCACUAAUUCUUCAUCACGGUAUGUCGGAAUAUGGUAUCACAAGAUCGAGGAACUGUCUGUUAUUUGGGUUGCGAAUAGACAGACGCCACUUUUUAAUAGAGAUGGGGUUUUGAAAAUCGGAGAUGACGGGAACUUGGUCGUUCUGGACAGUAACAACGUCUCUGUUUGGACAAGUAAUAUCACAGCGAAUGCUUCUGAUCCCAGGAAUUUAACUCUUCAUAACAGUGGAGAAUUGAUUCUCUCGAGCGGAGAUGACUCGUCGAAAGUUCAUUGGAGCAGCUUCAUAAACCCCACAGAUACGUUUCUUCCGAAUAUGGAGGUGAAAGUGAACGCAGAUAUGGGCGAGAAACGAAUGUUUAUGUCGUGGAAAUCAGAGACAAAUCCGGCUGUCGGAAACUUUUGUCUGGGUGUGGAUCCUCGUGGAGCCGUCCAGAUUAUCAUUUGGAAUGGAGAUAAACGAUGGUGGAGAAGCGGCCACUGGGAUAGGCAGAUUUUUUCUGGGAUUCCAACUAUGCGUUCUACGACGUUAUACGGCUUCAAGGUUCUUCCCGACAGUGAAAACAACAUUAGCGUAACUUUUCAUGCACUGAAUGAUUCCGAUAAGCUGAAAUUUCAAAUCCGGUGGGAUGGAAAAGAAGCACAGCAACGAUGGGAUGAAGUAAAUCGCAAAUGGGAAACGAUUCGUUUACUUCCUUCUCACGAUUGCGAUUUCUAUAACUUUUGUGGGGAUUUUGGGGUAUGUUCUGAAACGAGUCGUGUUAAGUGUAGCUGCCCUCAAGGGUUUACACCAAAAAACAUAGAUAGAUGGAACAGAGAGAUUUGGUCGGAUGGGUGUCAGAGAAUGACUCCAUUACUUCAGCAGAGAAUGAACAGUAGUCAAAAUGGAACUAUUGAAGACAGUGAAGAAGAUGGAUUUGUAGCCGUACCAUUUGUGAAAUUGCCCGAUUUCAUAAGUGGAGUAUUUGUGGUGGAUUCAUGUAGAGAUAGAUGUUUGAACAGUUCAUCGUGUGUUGCAUAUUCGGAUGCUCCUGGAAUUGGGUGCGUAACUUGGGAUGAACCUUUAAUUGAUAUUCAGACAUUUGAUGGCGUUGGGAAUACUUUAAACAUUCGUCUGGCUCAUUCAGAUUUGAUAACCGGAGAUAGCAAGGGAAAAUUAUCGACCGGUGUGAUCGUAUCGAUAUGUUUAGGAGCAGCAGCUGCCAUAGCCAUAUUAGCAUUGCUGAUAUGGAAAUUCAGAGGCAAAAUGGAAGGUUCACCUGCUGCUGCUUCAAGUAAACCUCAGAACAAAGCUGAAGUACCAAUGUUUGAUCUAAGUAAGAGUGGAGAGUUUUCAGUACAGGUUUCAGGGCCAUACGAAUUAGGCAUAGAAGGCGAACAAUUGAAUGGACCAGAUUUGCCCAUGUUCAAUUUCAACUGUGUAGCUGUGGCUACUGAUAACUUUUCUGAGGAAAACAAGCUUGGGCAGGGAGGUUUCGGCCCUGUAUACAAGGGAAAGCUUCCAUGUGGACAAGAAAUUGCUGUGAAGAGGCUCUCAGUCCGGUCUGGACAAGGUCUAGAAGAGUUCAAGAAUGAGAUUAUACUGAUAGGAAAGUUGCAGCAUCGAAACCUCGUCAGGCUGUUGGGCUACUGCAUUCAAGGAGAGGACAAGAUGCUGCUCUAUGAAUAUAUGCCAAACAAAAGCUUGGAUUGGUUUCUUUUUGAUCCGAACAAGCAGGCGCUACUCGAUUGGAAAAAACGGUUGUCGAUCGUAGAGGGAAUCGCGCGAGGGCUACUAUACCUUCAUAGAGAUUCGAGACUUCUUAUUAUUCAUAGAGAUUUGAAAGCUAGCAACAUUUUGUUAGACGAAGACAUGAAUCCAAAGAUAUCGGACUUUGGCAUGGCUAGAAUAUUCGGUGGAAACCAAAACGAGGCCACAAAUACCAUUCGAGUUGUUGGGACAUACGGUUACAUGGCUCCAGAGUAUGCAAUGGAAGGUUUAUUUUCGGUGAAAUCGGAUGUGUAUAGUUUUGGUGUAUUAUUGUUGGAAUUAAUCUGUGGUCGGAGGAACACUAGCUUUCGAUCAACUGAAUACUUAACGCUCAUUAGCUAUGCUUGGAAACUUUGGAACGAAGGAAGAGCGAUCGAACUUCUCGACCUAUCAAUUCGCGACACAUCGCCCGAGAAUGAAGUAUUGAAAUGCAUACAUGUAGCAAUGUUGUGUGUACAAGACUCUCCUGCUUAUAGACCAACACUGCAAUCCUUGGUGCUAAUGCUGGAGAGUGAAUCUUUAUCACUGCCACAGCCAAGACAGCCCACCUAUACUUCCACGAGAGCCUCGAUCGAUACAGACUUGUUUACAGAAGGGCACGACAUUGUAUCGUCGAACGAUGUAACGGUAACAAUGCUGGAUGGUAGAUAGCAUAUUGUUUUGGUUUUCAUUCUCCCAUCUUCAUGUUAAUAUGCCAUUUUUGUGGUGUUGAAAGCAUAGAUAGAUAGUUUGUGAAGCUGAGUAUAGUUUGUUUAGGGAAUUUGUUCAUAUGAAUGAUUGAUUUUGGUUGAUAUUUGCUACUAAACAGCUCAUGAGUUAGCAGAAUUAUCCGCUUUAGCUCGUUA